CUAUGACGUCAUAGGACUUCAACUUGGAAACGAAACGAAGUUGGCUGUCUAACCUAUGAGGAUUGUUUAGGAGGCUUGUGAGUUGUGAAUGUGUAAUUGAAGUAAACUUUAUUUGCUUAUUUUAUAAAAUGACAACAGCAAGAAUAAAUCAUAGAAAAUAUAAAUGGGCGUUGGAUACUGGACUGAGGAAUAAGCAAGAUCGAAGUUCAGAUUUAGCAUCUCCUCCUGGUUACAAUCCAUCAGCUGGUCAGGUUUACACUGAAGUUGCCAGGGAGUCUGAUCCCAGUCAUCUCAUUAUAAAGAAGUCAUGGGAACUUGCCCUUGCACCCCUGAAGCAGGUCCCAAUGAAUCUCUUCAUAAUGUACAUGGCUGGUAAUUCAAUUUCCAUCUUCCCCAUAAUGAUGGUAGGAAUGCUCAUUGUACGACCAGUGAAAGCUCUGUUCACAAUGCAGAAUACUUUCAAGAUGAUUGAAGGGAGCCAUGCUGUAGGACAAAAACUGGUAUAUUUCUUGGGAAAUAUUGUGAGUGUAGCUUUAGCACUGUAUAAAUGUCAUUCCAUGGGUCUUCUUCCAUCACAUGCAUCUGACUGGUUAGCAUUUGUGGAGCCGCAGAUGAGAGUAGAAUAUUCAGGAGGAGGGAUGUUGCUGGUGUAGGUGUACAAGACAACACUUCAACCACUGGCAACUAGAGGAUUAUCACUACCAUGUUAAGUUGAAAACAAGAAUGUGCCUACUGAGGACUUUAUCAGAUAUCAAAAAGAACAACUUAAAUAAAAGUGGAAAUUGUUAGUUACCAACAUGUUAUAUCUUGUAUGUCUCUUACAUUGUUACAUAAUAAAUUACACAUGUAUCGUUCUGUUC